AUGAAGAAGGCAGAAACUGCUCUCGCUGCGGCGGAGAAGAGGCAAGUCUCCUCUUCCGACUCUGAAACCGACAGGAAAGAUCCAGCUGUGAAACCAGAACCAGUGGCUGAUUCGGAUCGCCAUGUCACAGAUGUUUCAACGGAGAGAAAAGAUCCGGUUGUGAAACCAGAACACACCACUAUGGAACGAGUUUGGAGUGACGAAGAGGAGAUAGCGGUUUUACAGAGCCUUAUGGAUUACGAAACCGUGACUGGGAUUGUUUUCCACGCUGAUCAUGAGGCGGUUUAUCAGUGGGUGAAGAAAUCUCUUACCUUUGAUAUUACUAUGUCACAAUUCCUUUAUAAGACUAGCAAGUUAGCUGACACUUAUCAUCUUAAUGGGAAGGAGAUGGAAACAUUUGCCCGACCUCAUCAUCGCAAGUGCUUUGAUAUCUCAAACUAUCUUUGGGGACCUAAGCGAAGGUUUUCCAAAAUACACGCUGCUUAUCUUACGGAAAGACAACUAGAAGACGACCUACCGGUAGCUGCUUAUAUUGCGCAAGGAAACAUAGAAGAGGACCUAGCGGAGGAAGAAGAAGAAGAAGAAGAUGAAGCUGCCUGA